GGUAGGGCUGUAGUGGACAGUGAAGUCUCCUCACAGUAAUGCAUUGGACGGAUUAAUACAGUGGAAAACGACUGAACAUUUGCCAUUUCCACCAUCUACCUCCUCACUUCAACUGCACUCAAAAUCCUGCAUGGAGAGAACUAAAGGCCACUCUCAUCCUACGGGGAAGAUCCAGUCGAUGGGAGACAUGUACCUGUUCACAGUCGAUGUGAGUGAGUACUCUCCAGAGGAUGUCAUCAUCACAUCGUCAAACAACCUUAUAGAAGUCUAUGCGGAGAAGCUAGCAGAGGAUGGCACGGUUAAGAACACUUUUGCCCACAAGUGCCAGUUGCCGGGGGACGUGGAUCCCAUGUCUGUGACAACCUCAUUGGAAAACAAUGGUGACUGUCUGACUCUGACUGUCAAAGCCAGAAGAAAUUAGUCUUCCAUAGGAUGUGGGAGGUGUUGAAAAAGUUUAAACACUAACACACACACACCAAUCCGGUUGCAUUAAUUCAGAUGAUUGUAUUCAAAUAAUUAAUUACAUUUAAUUCACAUUAAAUUCUAACUUGGGGAAUGGGGUGGGGCAUAAUGUCCCUAGGACAACAUCUAUUCUUGAAUGAGGCCCCUGGGAAUGGUGCUCCGCAGUGCCUAAUUUAUUCAUUAAGUUGGUAUAUGUUUGAAUGGAUUUUAAUAUAGCCCAAUGUUUGUUUAUUAUUUAAUGUUACGUCUGUCAGUCCUUCUAAGACAAUUUCCAGAAUAAACGAAUCAAACACCAGCAAUGGAAGUCAAUAAAAUUUGAAGUUACCGGAAGUUAAGCAUUUUAUUUUAUUAUUAUUACAUUUUUUUAAAGUAUUUUUUUGUCGUUGCAGGAAGUAGGUUGUCAUCAAAAUAAAGGUCCGUG